CCGCUGCACUGGGGCUCCGAAUGACCUAGAAUCUGGGGUGGGCUUAGGCCAGGGGCCGCGUGUUCUUGCUAGGAGAACCCCUCGCAGCCUGACCUUGGAAUAGCUGGAUCAGAUGCAUUCAUUGGUUCAUUCAGAUACUGUUAAGAGCCAGCGGUGUGCUAGGUACUUCUUACACCUUCUGGUGGAGAAGAUGGAACUGAAGGAAACUUGCAAGGAGCUGUGAGAAAGUACAACAGGAAGUGAGCUAAGAUCAUUAAGGAGUGAGAUGGCCUCAAUCUUGCGAAGCCCUCAGGCGCUCCAGCUCACUCUAGCCCUGAUCAAGCCUGAUGCAGUCGCCCAUCCACUGAUUCUGGAGGCUGUUCAUCAGCAGAUUCUAAGCAACAAGUUCCUGAUUGUACGAAUGAGAGAACUACUGUGGAGAAAGGAAGACUGCCAGAAGUUUUACCAAGAGCACGAAGGGCGUUUUUUCUAUCAGCGGCUGGUGGAGUUCAUGGCCAGCGGGCCAAUCCGAGCCUACAUCCUUGCCCACAAGGAUGCCAUCCAGCUCUGGAGGACGCUCAUGGGACCCACCAGAGUGUUCCGAGCACGCCAUGUGGCCCCAGAUUCCAUUCGUGGGAGUUUCGGCCUCACCGACACCCGCAACACCACCCACGGUUCGGACUCUGUGGUUUCAGCCAGCAGAGAGAUUGCAGCCUUCUUCCCUGACUUCAGUGAACAGCGCUGGUAUGAAGAGGAAGAGCCCCAGUUGCGCUGUGGCCCUGUGUGCUAUAGUCCAGAGGGAGGUGUCCACUAUGUAGCUGGAACAGGAGACUUAGGACCAGCCUGAUGCAGGUCUAUGAAGACAGUGCCUGGACUUUUCUCCUAGACGUCUAGUCUAAAACAUUCUCUUAGGACCAGGGGAGCCUGGACUCAUACUGCCAUUUCUUCUGGGCACCACCACCUGCCUGAGGGCCUAGCUCACUGUAGCACAUCCUCCAGAAUCUAGCUUUCUAUCUACCUCUUCUCUGGAAUGUUCAUGGUGGUUCAGAAGAAUGAUGACUCCUCUUUGCUGAGAACUGUUCAUCCUUUCUCAAGAAGAAGCUUGCCAGGCCGGGUGCGGUAGCUCACGCCUGUAAUCCCAGCACUUUGGGAGGCUGAGGCAGGCAGAUCAUGAGGUUAGGAGUUCGAGACCAGCCUGACCAACAUGGUGAAACCCCGUCUCUACUAAAAAUACAAAAUUAGCCGGGCGUGGUUGUGCACGCCUGUAAUCCCAGCUACUCAGAGGCUGAGGCAGGAGAAUUGCUUGAACCCAGGAGGCAGAGGGUGCAGUGAGCCGAGAUUGCGUCAUUGCACUCCAGCCUGGGCGACAGAGCAAGACUGUCUCAAAAAAAAAAAAAAAAAAAGCUUGUCUAAUUGACUUGCCUAAAAAAUGCAGUGACUCCAAACAACAUUUGGCCUGUCUUCCUCAAUAAAAGUCAGUGUUCUCCUGAAAAAAAAAAAA